AUGGCGGGCACCCGGGACCCCCCCCAGGAGCGGCCCACGGUGCUGACCCGCGCUGAGGGGGGCGUCCCUCGGAGCGCCCAGGUGCCGCCCGAGGGGGGGUCGUGCCCCCCCCUGCUGCAGGUGCAGCACCCCGGGGUGUUGGUGAUGCGAACCCGGCUGCCCCCGGCGCACGGAGACCCCUCCCCACCUUUCACACCUUCCCCUCCCCCCGGGGGGGGGCCUCCCUCUUGAGAAUCCCCCCCCCCAAAAUUCCUCCGCCGUGAGCCGGGGGAGGUGGCUCAGUGCCUGCGGCAGCUGGAGAGGAUCCAGGAGCUGGAGCAGCAGCUGGCCCGCGAGCGGCACCGCCUGGGGCUGUUGCAGGCUCAGCUCCUCCGGAGGGGCCCCCCCAGCACGGUUCUCCCCGGGAAGGGCCCGGCCGGGCUCCCCCCGAUUUGGGGUCCCGCAGCCCCCCCCGAGGCAGAGGGGGACCCCGAGAUGCUGCUGCCCCCCCCGGGGCACCCCUGGGAGCGUGGGGGGCUCUGCCCAGGGAAUGUGGGGGGGGCGCUGUCCAGCCCCCCGAUUUUGGGGUGUCCCCCCCCCCAGAACGCCGUGCGCCACAACCUGAGCCUGCACAAGUGCUUCGUGCGGGUGGAGGCCGCCCGCGGCGCCGUCUGGACCGUGGACGAGGCCGAGUUCCGGCGCAAGCGGGGCCAGCGCUACCCCAGGGACUGUGAGCUCAAGUACUUUAUGCCCCACCGGAGCUGA